GUAAAUAACUUCCGGUUUAAAGUCAAACAAUUUGGGUACAUUUUCAAAAAAAACAUUAUAGGCUGUUCAUUCGAGAAGGAAACAACAACAACAAAAAUGAUUAACAUAAGUAUGAAGAAAUUUGUACAGUUGGAUUUAAUUGGUAUUGGAAUAUCAGGGGUUUUACAACUUGUCGGAUAUUUAACACCGGGAUGGGUAUUAAUGGAAUAUACGUCGACCUAUCAAUCCCACAGUGUAUGGUAUCGUAUAGAGUGUACAAAGGAAACUCAUACCUCUUGUGUAGUAAAAUAUAUUUCUUAUAGUGCCCGUUAUGAUGGUCAUACCUUAAUGAUAGGAAAGUUCUCGAAAUUAAAGUUUAUACAAACGUCCCGAUGGCCUAGUGACGUUGGAAAGGACUUUGACACAACAAAGUAUUUGAAAACUGUUACCACUUUAGCACUUGUUUCGUGUCUGGCAGUUUUUGUUUUACUUAUCAAAAUGAAGCCAUGUCCUGAAGCUGCUAUGCUGAAAAGACUUCCAAUAUGUGCAUAUUUGUCCUUGUUGUCAGGAAUUUUGUGGGUUGUACCUGCUGGUCAAAUCUAGACUAUACACUGAAUUAUAAAUCAGACUACAUCACAUAUCAUGUGUCGUAUUCUGCCAUUAUUGCUGGAAUUGGUGGAUUAUUGGCAUUGCUGCUGUCACUGUUUACGUUGUAUUUCGUGUAUUUUAAACAACCAGAAACAAACGACCAACACCCCAUGGCAGACCAACAGGAAUUCUCAUUAUUGUAACUACUAUGUCAAAGUGCUUAGAGGCAACGAAGAUAAUUGGCUGUCAAAUUGAAUACAAGUUUAACAAAAGUAAUAGAAAGUAUUAUAAAUAAUAUCUGUGGGUCAAUUUGCUAUAAAACAUUUUAACAAUUUACAAUGACUCUAAAUUAUCUUUUUUUAUAUUACUGUGACAUAUCCUGCAUUGUACAUAUUGUACGAUUAUUUUAAAUUAUUCUAAAUAUCCUUUCUUUCAAAUUCAUUAUCACCACUUUGAAACAUAAUUUAGGGAAAACGUUUAAAAAUCUGGAUAAACUGUGAUCCCUCGGAGGCAUUGAACAAAACAAAAUAUCAUGAAAAUUACAGACUUGGUUUAAUUGAGUCUUUACAUGAGGGAUAAUGACAAAGUGCAACAUCCAUCAUGCUCCUUUGCACCAGCUUGAUCGGUACGCAAUUUUCAACACUUAAAAGUGUUAAAAUUCAUGAUCCCGAAGGACCAGAAAAAUAUAACAACGCUGAAGUGAAGAACGGGGCAACUAUUUACAGCUGAAACACAGCACUUGACACCCGCCUUUCAUCUUUUCUGUUACAAUGAAACAUAGAGCUUAGAUAUUUUAUGUGCAGACUUGUAAAGUGGUGCGAUUAAUUCAUGACAUCGGGAUAAAAACUGAUUCUGCACUGGGAGCAUUAAACAAAGGUUGUUCCAAUCAUGUAACCAGUCGUUAACCUUUGUCUUUUGCUCAAAAAUCAUUUGCCAUAUGAAAUAAUGUCCAAAAGAAUAUUUUAUCAUUGCAAAAACUAUUGCUUAAUAUUUGUUAUGUAGCAUUAUAAAGUAGGGCACUAUUAUGUUUAUACAAAUUAUGCACGUCCUAAGUUGACACUACAUGAAGGUCAUUCUUGUACAUAGUCCUUAACGUUUUUCCCAUCCCAAUGCUCGGAUCUUAGAUGUUUGCUGCAUGACACGGCAUUGUAGAUUACUUCAAACUGUGUUCUUAUCAUGUAUCGUUGGUGAAAAUUCGCCAUUUGAUUCUUCGUACACUUUAAUUUCAAUAUUAUCAAAAUAUCACUUUUAACUAAUUAACUGUUGUAUACCCAUAAAAUAUAUACAAUCGAAUAAGUGAUCCCUAUCAAAUUUAGAGUAGUACAUACAAAUUUUAUACUCACAAUGGUAAGAUUUAGUAUUUAUAUAAUUUACAUUUGUAGUAAUAAUUUGUCAAAUGAAUUUUACAUAUUAAAACAGUUUAAAACUUAAUUUGAAAUAAUGUAUCAAUGAUAUAAAUACAAGAAGAUAAACGUAAAAUAUUUUGACAAUAUACUCAAGCUUUUAAGAUAAAUACUAAUCUCUAGAUAAUUUCAAGGCUUAUUCUCUUGUUUUCUUUGUUUGUUUUGAGUGUCUGUGUAUGUUGUUAUUCUUUUACGCACGGCUAUCUCAAACGAAAUUUUUGUUACAGUAUCUCAUUGUAUAUAAUUAUGUAUAAUAUUUGUGAAUGAAAGGAAAAAAAAACUUUCUAAGCAUUAUAUAGCUGACCUAUACGAAGUAAGUUAAACUCAUGACCCUAAAGUCACGACCCUGUGGUCACUUCAUUGUGCAUAAAGUCAUUUAAGAAAAACUUGGAUUUUUUUCUC